AUGGAGGACGUUAAAACACAGAUAAUAUGUUUCAACUAUUAUAGUCUUGGCAAUGUCGUCUGGGAGAUAGCUGUCGACCGCCCGACAUCAGACGGUCUCGCUCUAGAGGUUGAGCAAUGUGCAUGUCCACCGGGAUACGUAGGAUCGUCAUGUGAAGACUGUGCUCCCGGAUAUGAAAGAUCAGGACAUGGUCCAUACCUAGGUACUUGUAUUCCAGAGAGGCCAACACAUCCUCAGUGUACUGGACCAGGGGUCAGCUCACCUUAUCCUGGUCCUGACGAUAGAUGCGUGUGCAAGACGUACGCCCAGGGUCCGAAUUGCGAUCAAUGCCCCGCGCACUCCUUCUAUAUGGCUUCGACUAACCCUCAGGGUUGUAUUCCCUGCUUCUGUUCUGGAGUAACACAGCAGUGUCAGUCGUCGACUUUGCGAAGGCAGACGGUAGAGAUCAACUAUCCACGCGGAGACCGCGAUCAACUCGAACUUACCACUUCCGAUAUCCGUCGGCCAUACCGGCCACCAACACCUGCUUACCUUAGUGGUCAAGCGAUUGAGUUUGUUAACUUUAAUGAGGCGAUUGGACAAGUGCUAUACUGGAAGCUACCGGCGAAAUUUCUUGGGAAUAAGGUUACCGCUUACGGGGGAACAUUGAAAUACACGUUCCGUUUCUCUGGCAUUGGAAGACCCAAUCAGGAUCCCGAUGUCAUCAUCCGAGGAAAUGAUAUCUCGCUACAUUACACACAUCGGCAACCACUGCAACCGGACAGGGAUAACACGGUCGAAGUGAAAUUCUUCGAAAACAACUGGAAUCGUGUGGAUGGCCAACAGGGAACUCGUGAGCACCUUCUCAUGGCCCUUGCUGAUCUCGAUGAUAUUCUGAUCAAGGCAACGUAUAUGGAAGACUGUUCUCAGUCAGCGCUCGUUAGUGUGUCGCUUGAAUAUGCCGAGCCCUAUGGACGAGGCCCUACAGCAUAUGAGGUAGAACAGUGUCAGUGCCCUCCUGGUUACAUUGGAACGUCAUGCGAAGAUUGUGCUCCUGGAUAUUCGAGAACCGGAGGUGGUCUCUAUCUUGGUCUCUGUGAACGAUGCGAAUGCCAUGGUCAUGCCACGCAAUGUGACAAGGAAUACGGCUUCUGCAUCGACUGCCAACACAACACCGAAGGAGAUCACUGCGAGAGAUGUAAACCUGGAUUCAUCGGCGACGCUCGUCGAGGCACUCCCUACGAUUGUCAGCCAGCGGCAACAAGACCGCCUUGCCAGUGCUACAACCACUCUCCCAGAGGGUGUGAUUCGUUCAGCAGAUGCCUGCUUUGCGAACAUAACACGGAGGGAAUGCACUGUGAGCGAUGUAAGAAGGGAUUCUAUGGCGAUGCUACUAAAGGAACCCCAUACGAUUGUACUCCUUGUCCAUGCCCAGGAGCAGCCGACUGCUACCUGGAUUCGCAAGGUCAGGUGGCGUGCAAAAAUUGUCCUGCAGGUCUUUCUGGUCGCCUCUGUGAUGAAUGUGCUCCCGGCUACACUCGCUCGCACAAGAUCGCCGGCCGCCCGUGCGAGCCGAUCGGCCAGGUUGGAGUCCACGAGCGCACGUACGUGCCCCCGGCGCCGCCACACGAAGUUGAUUUGCUUUAUAACUUCGUCUCUAUGCAGCGCGAACACGUCCGUCUUGAAUGGACUCGUGUCGGCCAUGCAUCGUUGCCGAUCACGGCCGACGCCAUCUACGACCGUGACGCCGUGUUAAACCUGAAGGCAGUUGGUCAGCACGAUGCCGGCCAGUACCGCUGUACUGCCACCGUGGUGAAUUCGAUCGCCACCGACGAUGCUAUUCUAACCAUCGGCGUAACACCCAUUGGACGACCACCGCAACCUAUUGUCGAUCCCGAGCAUUUGACGGUGAACGAAGGAGAGUCGGCCUCGUUCCGUUGUUGGGUUGCCGGAAUUCCGGAUUGUCAAGUAACAUGGCACAGGGAGCGAAUUGGCGGUGCUCUACCUCAUGGAGUAUAUCAAACUGGAAAUGCUCUAAAGAUACCAAAAGCUCAACUGCACGACGCUGGGAACUACAUAUGUACAGCAGUAAAUGACUACGGUAUUGGACAGUCUCCUAUCGCACGUUUGGAUGUGGUGAGACCAGUGCAGCGUCCACGAGUCGAUCCUGUCGAACAAACCGUGACCGAGGGAGAGCCGGCACGCUUCAGGUGUUGGAUUCCUGGUAACCCUGAAGCAGUCUUAAAAUGGCAUCGCAUUGGACAUCAAUCCUUGCCGUCUUCUGUUCAAGAACACCAAGGAGUCCUACAAAUUCUCAGAGCCACAUCUCACGAGGCUGGUCAAUACAUAUGUACCGCUACUGAUCCACGAGAUCGCAGGCCACAAGACUCAGAACCUGUUACCUUGAAUAUUCGUGCACCAGAAGCUCCUCUUAAUCCACAAGUUGAGCCACCAGAGCAGACCGUGAAUGAAGGUGAUCCAACGCAGUUCCGUUGCUGGGUACCCGGAAAUCCACAAGCCAUACUCCGAUGGAGCAAACAGACCGGCGAACCGUUGCUGGAAAGGACCCUAGAAAGAGACGGUUUCCUUCGCAUCAGCAACGUAAAAAUGUCUGACGCUGGCGCGUACAUCUGUACUGCUUCAGAUCCAAGAGGCGGACCAGGCAGAGCAGCGCCUCCGGCCAUACUCAAUGUGAAGCAGCCUGUAAUGGCUCCUAAAGUCGAUCCGCCAUCACAAACAGUAGAGGAGGGACAGCCAUCAAGCAUUCGGUGCUGGGUUCCAGGUAAUCAGAGGGCUCAGCUCAAGUGGAUGAAACACGGUCGCCAACCACUGCCACCCCAUGUAGAGGAACGAGAUGGAGUUCUAACGAUUCCGCAGACGAGUAAGUCCGACGAAGGCCACUACGUCUGUACGGCUUCUGAUCCACAAACCGGUACUUCGAUUGACGCACCACCUGCACACAUCGCUGUUCGGCUACCUCCUUUGACCCCUGAAGUCGAUCCACCAUCACAAACAGUCGACGAGGGACAGCCAUCAAGCAUUCGAUGUUGGGUUCCAGGUAAUCCGAGGGCUCAGCUCAAGUGGAUGAAACACGGUCGUCAACCACUGCCGGCGCACGCAGAGGAGAGAGGUGGAGUGUUGAGCAUCUCACAGACCCGAAAAUCCGACGAGGGUCGUUACGUCUGUACGGCUUCUGAUCCACACAUCGGCAUCUCAGCUGAAGCACCUCCUGCGUAUAUUGGUGUUCAACAGCGUACGUCUACUAUUAGCUCUAUCACAGAAAAUAGUGUGUUUCGAUUUCUUUGGUUUUCUAUCGUCAACCAUAUAGAAUGUGUAAUGUCAUGGACUAAAAUAGCUACUAAAAUGGCACCGCAAGUCGAUCCGAUCGAACAAACCGUUCCCGAAGGUUCGCCGUUCAGAAUCCGCUGUUGGGUGCCAGGAAAUCCUCAUGCCCAGUUCACUUGGCGGCGAGCAAAUGCUCCUAUUAAUGAGGAUUCUACUGAUGAUCAAGGCGUUCUGACUGUGAAUCGCGCAGAUCUUUCUGACGCUGGGCAGUAUAUUUGCACUGCCGAAGACCCAAGAACUGGCGAAACAACCGAAGCUCCAACUGCUACCGUGUACGUCACAGCACCAACCAAGGUACCCGAUGUUGGUGAAGGUAAAUUUGUUUUUGUGGUGUGCUUAACUUCGUGUUGUAAAACUGUAAUGUUUGCUGUGCUUUUAGUUGAAAGAGGUCCGGAGGUUUCGCCUCCAGAACAGACCGUAUCCGAAGGAGAUCCCAGUACUAUCCGUUGCUGGGUCGAAGGUGAUCCAGAGGCUCGUCUUUCAUGGAAGCGUGCUGAUGGAGGACCGUUGCCGUUUGGUGCCACCGAUAGCGACGGAGUGCUUUCAAUUAGCAGCACACUAAAGAGUGACGAAGGCGACUACAUCUGUACAUAUCAUCCACCGGACGGAAGACGUCCCAAGGACUCAUCACCAAGCACACUUCACGUCAAGACCACUGGUGAACCACCUCGUCCUGUGGCCACUCCUCCCGUGCUGACCGUGAAAAGGAGUCAGCCAGCACGAUUCCACUGCGAUGCUCACUCACCCACACCUGCACAAAUCAGAUGGGGCUACGGUGAUGCCGACUCAGACCUCCCUGACGGCGUUACCCAAGCCGUUGACGACAUAGUCAUUGACGCCGCUGACGAUUCGCAUGAGGGCGAAUACGUCUGCUCGGCCACCAAUGAUUUCGGUUCUGGGGUCGCAGAACCAGUUAAACUCGUUGUCACUGAAGUUGAGCAGCCUCCCACUGCGCGAGUUGAGCCACGCGUAUGGAAUGGAAAACCCGGCGACAGACAUCAGUUCAAAUGCAUCGUCACUGGAAUACCCACGCCAACGGUCACGUGGUCCGGUCCGAAUAAUACUCCACUUCCGCACGAUGUCACCGAACUGGAUGGAAAUAUCUUGGACUUUUCUAAUGGACGUACAGAACUCAAUGGAGACUACACUUGUAUAGCAACCAACCCCGUCGGAGAGGCUUCUGAUCAUGGUUCGGUGAAUAUUGGACCCUCGUUAACGGUUAAAACCACUCCAGCCGGUCCGCGGCUUAUUCUCACGGCCGGUGAACCACUUCUUGUGAAGUGUGAGGCAUUUGGAGAACCUGAGCCUGAGGUGGAAUGGCUUCAUGACCCUGGACCAGAGCGUGGAGACCUACCGGAUGACUACAAGCCAGUUACCAUCUCAGAGCAAUUCAUCCGACAUCCAUCGAUUGGACUCGGAAAUGCUGGCGCCUACACUUGCAAGGGAUCAAGCAGCCAUGCCACUGCUACGAAAAACAUUUACAUCGAAGUUGUGGAGCCAUCUCGAGUGGCUACGGUAUCGAUCUUGGGUGGAUCUUCCCAGUGGUUCGAACAGGGUGAACCGGCAGAGCUGAUUUGCACGGCUACCGGUAGUUCAUUGGUUGACCGGCUGGAAUGGGUCAAGGUUGACGACCAGCUUCCAGUUGAUGUGGAAGAACACAAUGAACCUGGCCUGCUGCAUUUCCCUAACUUCAAGAAUUCCUUUGCGGGAGAAUACGAAUGUCGAGGAUAUCGUAACAACGAGCUGAUCGCGUCCGGUUCCGUGCAAGUCUACUCCACCACAGACGUCACCGAUGACGCAAAGGUUGAAAUCGAACCGCCACGAGUACGAGUUGUUUCUCAGGGUGAAUCUAUUGUACUGAAAUGUACUGUGGAAGAUCCAAAAUCGAGUGUUUUAUGGUGGCGCACUCAAAAUCUCACUGAUGUACGAGUGGUUGGAUCGUCGGAAUUUCUUCAUCUGCUGUUUGUUGAUGCGUAUGAUCGAGGAAUCUACUACUGUACAGACGAGUAUACAAACUACGGUCAUGCUCAUUCCGUUUACAAUAUCGUCGUACUGCAGCGUUCAUCACUCGGCGCUAAGAAUGGCGAAAACUUUGAAUGGGCGCUGUUGCGAGGAGGGAAUAUCGUUCGGAAACUUGGAAGUGAAGCCACACUUCAUGUCAAGAGCGCUGAUCCAUCCAACGACUUUGGCGUCUAUCGAUGUAACGUCGAGGACGACAAUGGAGUUGUCAUCGGCAGCGCUUACACUGCCGUCAGUGUCGGAUACAGUGGACAAACCAGUGCGCAAAUGAAAUUGUUUGGGAGUUCAGAAAACAGAAGUGUAGUGUGUAGUCAAAAUCCGAGCUUUAAUUUAUUGCUCCACAAAAACUUAUUUACUUUUCAAAUAUUAAUAAUAUUAAUAAUGCCAAUCUUCGGAUAUUUCUUAUCUGAGGAAUUAUUCAAGAAAGUCGAAUGGUCUCGUGUAGACGGAGAUUUGCCUAGAAAUGCACUUCCUAAUGGAAAUAAACUCGAAAUCAAAGAUUUCGAUGACACUGCAGCUGGAAUGUACAUGUGCAAGGUGACAUUCGGUAACGAAGUCGUUGAAGGCUACGUGGAUGCUCAAAUAUUUGUACCGGAUACGAUUAUCCAAGUUUUGCUUGAUGUUUCCUCUGAAUCGGUGAACGUUGGUGAUAGAGCAUGGUUUGAUUGCAAGGUGACGGGUGAUCCAUCAGCUAUUAUUAUGUGGUCCAAGGAAGGAGCCGAUGAAUUGCCAGAAAAUGCCCAGGUCACUGAUGGUCGUUUGCUGUUCACAGCAGUAACAGAAGACGAUGCUGGUGUAUACAAAUGUCGUGCGAAGACGAAGGCCGGCCCACUGGAGACACGGACCGUUCUGAACAUCGGCUCAGCAAAACGCAAGCGCAAGCAUGUACGCGGCCGUCACGCCCGACGGAGCCAUCGACGGCGUUCCGCGCAUGCGACGUCGGCAAGGCGGAGGAUGCGUGCGCCGUCGUUGACGCACUCCUUGUUUGGCUCGUGGUUCAACACUCACUAG